GGGAAGCACAAAAGGAACUCCAAAAACUAGAAGUAAAGGAAACAGUUCGUUCCCAGAUCGAACAAUUUAAAAUGACUAAUCCGCAUUUUGAAAAUCAUGAUUUACCACAGGCUCAACAAAUACUAGAUGAAAAUCAUUUUGGUUUAGAAAAAGUUAAAAAAACGAUUAUUGAACACUUGGCUGUUAUUCAACACACAGGCAAGGUUUCGGGACGAAUUAUUUGCUUUGUUGGUCCUCCUGGGGUAGGAAAAACUUCUCUGGCUAAAUCUAUUGCUAAAGCUACCGGUCGUAAAUUCUUUCGUAUUCAACUCGGAGGAAUAAGGGAUGUGGCUUUGAUUGUAGGAUUUCGACGAACUUAUGUUGGCUCUCUACCGGGAACAAUUAUUCAAGGAUUAAAAAAAGCCGGAGUAAACAACCCCGUAAUCUUAUUUGAUGAAGUAGAUAAAGUUAACCGCUUAGCCAGUCACCAGGGCGAUGCUACUUCGGCCCUUUUAGAGAUAGAAAAGGUAGUUAUCGCCAAAGAUUAUCUUAUUCCCAAAAACCUAACUGAACAUCGGUUAGAAGCGUCCCAAAUUGUUUUUCCCCCAGCGGGAAUUGAAUUCCUUAUUAACCAUUACACCCGCGAAAGUGGAGUACGAGAAUUAAAUCGCUUGAUUAGAAAAAUUUUCCAAAUCUUUAUCAAAGACUUAUUACAAAAAAAAGUUAAUAAAUUACCAGUGAAAAUUACUCCUAAAUUAAUUCAAGACAAACACUAUUUAGGCAAGAUUAUUUAUGAUUUUACGGAAAAGGAGGAAAACCCCCAACCCGGAGGCGAAUUAGGAAAAUUAACUGGUAGUUUAGGAGAUGUGAUGAAAGAAUCCGUAGUAGUGGCUUUUAAUUAUGUGAGGAGUUACCUAGAAAGCUACCUAACAAAUGAAGCCCAAAUUAUUGACGAAGCAGAAAAAGGAAAAAUUGAAGAUUAUUUGGCGAUCCUUAAUAAAAGCAAUUUUAAUCUGCACGCUCCUGAAGGAGCCGUAAAAAAAGAUGGUCCUAGUGCGGGAAUUGCCAUAACCACGGCCAUCCUUUCGGCUCUAACUAAAAAAACUAUUCCGGCCGAUAUUGGCAUGACUGGAGAAAUUACCCUUACCGGCAAUGUUCUGGCGAUUGGUGGUUUACGAGAAAAGGCUAUCGCUGCUUGUCGUAGUAAAUUAAAAACUAUUUUUAUCCCUAAAAAAAAUGAAAAAGACUUAGAAGACAUUCCUGCUGAAGUUCGCAAAGAAUUAAAAAUUAUUUUGGUCAGCAAAUAUCAAGAAGAACUGUGGCCGAGUGGUCUAAGGCGGCAGUCUGCAAAACUGCUAUUUCCAAUGAAAAACUUGAAACCUACUAACAACGCACAAAGAAAUACCAUCUUAGUUGAUUAUCGAAAAGUACUCCACUCGGAAGUUAAAAAGUAUCCGCGAAGUUUAUUUAAAAAAUUACCUUCGCAUGCAGGAAGAAAUAACCAGGGUAAAAUUACCACCCGCCACCAAGGAGGUGGACACAAAAAAACUUAUCGAAUUAUUGAUUUUAAACGUUAUCCUCAUGAUGGAAUGGAAGGAACUAUAAAAAGCAUUGAAUAUAGUCCUUAUCACACAGCUUUCAUUUCUUUAAUCAAUUAUCCAGACGGUAGCAAGGUUUUUAUUAUUACCCCCAACGGAGUAAAAAUUGGAGAUAAAAUAUUGAGUGGAGAAAAUGAAAAAAUUCCUAUCCAAAUUGGGAACAACUUGCCUUUGCGUUAUAUUCCAGCCGGAACUUUUAUUCAUAAUAUUGAACUUAAACCGAAAAAAGGAGGACAAUUAGCCCGCAGUGCUGGGACCAACGCCGUGGUUUUAGGAAAAGAUGAAAAUAGCCGCUACAUUCAGGUUAAACUAGUUUCCAAGGAAGUAAGAAAGAUUUUAGCCAAUUGCCGAGCCACCAUUGGCAAAGUAAGUAAUUCAGAAAAUAAUUUGGUGAAAAAAGGAAAAGCUGCGGUUGGUUAUACUUUUGAGAUACAUAAUGGAAAAGGGUUUGCUAAACUGGAAGUCACUCCUAGUCAUAUUGGUCUUCGCUUUGGCGAAUUUUCUCCUACUCGCCUCAUUCGCUGUCGGGAUUUAGCAAUUUCUCCCCAAAAAAUGCGUCUGGUAGUUAAUUUAGUCCGCAAGAAGGAAAUUAGUCAUUCCUUAGACACAUUGCGUUUUUUGCCUCAUAAAGGUGCCCGAAUGCUACACAAAAUUUUGCAAGGAGCCGCUAAACAGGUUCACCAAAAAUCAGCCAAAGAUACUUUUUAUAUUAACCAAAUUCAAAUAGACCGUGGAACUAUCCGUAAAAGUUUAAUGAUUCGAGCCCGAGGAAAUGCUGACACGCUAAGAAAAGCCCAAAGGAGGAGCCAAAAUAGUGGGCCAAAAGAAAAAUUAAUCCGCGAUUAUCUUUUUUUCUCUUUUCCGGAAAUUACGGAAAUUGGUAUUGAACGUACUGAAGUGGAAUUAUUUAUUAUCGUCCAUACUUCUGACAUCAGCUCGCUCGACGAAAAAUUCAACGAAAGUCAAGACCAAAUUUUAACCAAAAUUGCCAAUAUCGUUAAUGACAAAAAAAUUGCUACUAGAUUAUACUUAGAUAAAAAUUAUUCUUUGGCUCAGGCUAUGGCUAAUAAUUUAGCCCGCCAACUAGAAAGAGUCAAUGGUCGAAUUAAUGGUUGCUUAGAAAAAGGAGGAAUUGCCCAACACAAAAAAAUUAAACAAGGAGAAAUGCCUACUAGCACCUUGGAUAGCUUAAUUGAAGAAGGAAAAAGCGAAGCCAAUACUAUUAAUGGUCAAGAAAAAGAAGGAAAAGGAAAAUUUAACAUUUUUCCUCAUCUCUCUCCCGUGGCAAAAAACGGAACCAUCAUAUUUGAAUUAAAAGGAGUAAGUAAAGAAGUAGCUCACCGAGCCUUAAAAGCCGCUUCCUAUAAAUUACCUAAAAACAGCAAGGAAAAUCAAAAAAUUAAUUAUUAUUACAAAAUUGUUGAUAAAGAUGAAAA